UCUUCUUAGUUUUGGGUGGACGAGGGAGGGAGAGGGGGUGAUGACGUAAACAUAUCAUUAAUUUUGGUAAACCUUUUCAGUUUCAGUAGUGGUGCUGACUGCAGACUGCUGAGGAGUGAUGAGAGCCAUAAAAUGGAAUCUCUAAGCUACGCAACAACCACUGGUACAGUGCUAUUGAGGACCUAGAGGUCGAUCAAAUUCAUGGCAACUGCUAAUUCAAUUUCAGGGGUACAGGGGUUUUGGGUUUCUCUCAAGUUUAUGAUUGCUUCUAACAAAAUUCUGGCUACCGUCCUUCAAUUUUUAGUCUGACAAGGUCAGGGGGAAGGGCUUCUGUACAAUGAGAUUUCUUAGGCAUCUGGGCCCGUUGGGAUUGUUCAGAUUAUAGGUUUAAUAGUAGCAAUUUAUGGUAUAAAAACUGCACCUUUUUCGGCUGGAGGAUAUGAUGAUCUGAAGAAAAUGGCAGCUGAAUCCAACCAGGCUUCAAAGAAUGAGAUUGUAGUUUUAUGCCCAGAUGAUAAUGCUGGGGAUGAGGGAACCAACGUUGUGAUUUUGAAGGAGACCUUGCUUGUGCCUAAAGAGGGCUCGGAAGAAUGUUGUUCUUGUUCUUGUUCUUGUGGUUGUGGAGCUCAGAAACUUAGAUGUAGGUUGGCUAAUUCUGAUUCCGGGCUUGCGAAAAAUGACAGGCUUAGAGGCCAAGACAAGAAGCUCUGUAGGGAGGAUAGACUGGAGCUGGGUAGGCUGUUUCAGGGUGCUGUGAGUACCCGGGAUUGGGAGCUUGCUGACAAUCUGAUCGUGUUGGCGGAUCCACAGGCUCUCAACGACACCUUAUGUAUUGCUCUCGAUUCGGUUUGGUUUCUCAGCACGCAGCAAGAGUUACAUGGUAUUACGGGAGUGAUGAGGAAGGUAAUCGCUAAUGGCGCUUAUGACUUUACGCGAGCUGCUCUUAGAACUUCGUUUCUUGCUUCCUGCGUUUCAGCCUGUCAGAGUCAAAAAAUGAGCCAUGCAGAUACUGUAACCAUAAUGGCACAAAGGUUGCAUGAACGAUUGCGGGAAUGCAAUGGGGAUGAGAUUUUGAAGGCUGAAGCUAGUGCAAAGGUUCAGAAGUUUACAGAAUGGGCUCUUAAAUGUAUCAGUUUCCACUUUCGUUGUCAGGGAAAUGAGGAUAGAGCUGGUUUUACCAUUUCUGAGAUCCAAAUACAGCUAUCUGCGUUCAAGACCUUCCUUGAUCUUGUGGGGAAGCACCUUGGCGGAAAGGACUUCACAGAAGCUUUUGAUGCUGCUUGCUUUCCACUGACACUGUUUGCAACUUCAUUUGAUCCUGGUUGGGCAUCAAGUCCGUCCGCAUUUGCAAUUCAAGGGUUACUGGGCAUGUUGGUAGAGAGCGGUGCAGACAAUGUCAACCAAUGUUUUCUUGAAGCAUCACGUUUCGGAAGUACAGAGCUUGUUCGCAUUUUAUUGCAGAUUGCUCAAAGGAACAGCUUGGAUAUUGAUGUUGACCUGGCUUUGGGGUUUGCUUCCCAUUAUGGGAAAAUCGACACCAUGGAAUGUCUAGUGGAAGAGGGAAAUGCGAUGGCAUUCUUGGGUCCUCUGAUGAGAGCUGCCGAGAGGGGUUGCAUACCAGUGGUUCAAUGGUUUGUGAACAGGGGUUGCCGAGACAUGGAACUUUGUCUUGCUCUCACAGCUGCUACUUCCAGCAAUCAGGUUGAGGUUGCUUCAUAUCUCCUCCCUCGCGUUCCUCAACACGUCCUUGCAGCCCUGAGUACUGAAAUUCUCAAGGCCGCUGCAGAGCGAAGUGGGGGGUCUCUUGAUGGGGUUGCAUUUCUCCUCCGCUCAGACUUCCUAGGCGACCCAACUGCUACAUAUACUGUUGCAGAUACCAUUGCUAAUUCCAACGACGAGUCUGUUGCUCCUGAGCUAAGGGCUUUUCUUCAGGAGCAUUGGUCAGAGGCUGCUUUUCUAGGCGGAUUAAGGCAAGGACGAGAACACCAUAUGAACUUGGUGCGUAUCAUAAAAUGGGGCGAGUCUCCUAUCUGUUUGAGGGAUCUUCCAGGUCCCCUGAGGGUUGCAAUAGCGUACCUGCCGUUGUACAGGGAGUGUUUGAAGGCAGGGGGUUCCUUGUUAUCCCAAAGGCUUAGAGGGCAACUUGUGGAAGCAGUAAGAAGGCUUGGAGGUGUGGAACUGGAAGAGGCAAGGCAGGGAAGACAGCUGCUGUCUGUGCUAGAGCAUCAUCUUCCCCCUUUUCUGGUCACUGCACUGGCGGCUCUGUAAUGGAAAAGUUUUGGAUCUCUUGUUUCUCGUUUAUGUCUUUGAUAGUAAUAAAAAUGACAGCUCAGUUAGAAGGCUACAAGGUCUUAUCAAAUUCUUAUUUGCCAAGAGGAGGGUUGUGCUAUAUAGUAUGGGGUUUCGCCACAAAAUGUACCUUCGUGUGUAUGUGUAAUGUAUAUAACUUCUUUGUAUGCAAUAGCUACUUGAAAAGGUUGUGCUAAAUUGAGAAGGUAUCCAGGUAGAAGUCAUUGUGCAAUAGCUGCUUCAUCUGCCAUUGUAGUACGUGUUGUCUUCAUCCUCCUCUAUAAUGGCUUUGAAAAGCUGUUCUCUAAA